AGUGCAGUAUUGGUGUUUAGAGUGAUAUGAUUAUUUCAUAGGUAAAGAGCAGCUUGCCCCUGUUGGUGUAUACUUUUUAUUUUGGACCUUAUUUUUGUUUGUUAAACCAUGACUGACUUUUUGGAGAAUGAGGCUGAAGUUAGCAGUGGAGACGAUGAAGAAUAUUCUGCCAAAGAACGGAAGAAAAUCAAGCACAUGAAACAUGUUCCUUCAGAUUCUUCUGAAGAGGAAGAGGAUGACGAAGAUCGAAUCCGAGAGGAAAAUAAAGGUUUCAUCAAUGAUGAUGACGACGACGAAGGCUCGGGAAGUGGUAGUGGUAGUGGCAGUGAUAGUGAUCAAGAUGAUCGCAAGCCGAAGCGCAGACGGGAGGAUGAUGAUGAUGAUCUUGAUGCUGAUAACCUGGAUGAGGACGAUCUAGAUCUCAUUGAGGAGAAUAUUGGUGUCAAGAUAGACAGAAAGAAAAAGUUCAAGCGCCUGAAGCGUGUCGUGGAUGAAGACUCAGAUGACGCCGACGAUGGCGACGGGAGGGACCAGAUCGCCAAUGAGCUCUUCCAUGGGUCUGAUGACGAGGAUCGCAGGUCUACCAGCCCGGCCCCUCGAGACACGGGGGCUACAGCCCAUGAAGACAUCGGGUCCGGGGGCGAGUACGAGGAGAGUGACGAGGAAGACUUCAUUGUUGACGACCAGGGCAAGCCUAUACAGAAGAGCAAGAAGAAAGCCAUCUUUGAGGACGAGGGACUGGAGGCUGCCAGGGAUAUUUUUGGUUGUGACUUUGACUAUGGAGAUUUCGAGCAAUAUGAUGCGGAGGGCGUGGUUGACAGCGACGAGGCUGACGAUGAGGAGGACGAAUAUGAGGAAGACGAGGACGAUGAUGACGAGGAAGCGGCGGCAAUUAGGAAGGAAGCUCUCAAGAGGAAGAAAGAAAAGAAGAAGAGAACACUCAAGAAAACUAUUUAUGACGUAUUCGAGCCUGCCGAGCUGGAGCGCGGUCACCUCACCGACAAGGACGCCAUCAUCAGACAGGAGGACGUGCCUGAGCGCUUCCAGCUCCGUCAGAUCCCCGUCACUCCUACGCGCGAGGAUCCCGAGGAUCACAGCAAGGAUCCCAUCCUCCUGGCCGAGGCUGAUUGGAUCUAUCAGAAUGCUUUCAGCAAGCCGUCCAUAUCUCGACAGGACACGACAGACGAUCUGUGCGACACGCGUCGUGAUGACCGCGACCGCAGCUACCGCUACAACCGCGACUGCAAUCGUGAGAACAUCACCGCCAAAAUCUACAACGCUCUCGACCUGAUGCGCAACCACAAGCUGGAAGUUCCUUUCAUUGCUUUCUACCGCAAAGAAGAGGUACAGCCUGAGCUCAAGAUUCAUCAUCUAUGGACCAUCUAUCAAUACGAUGCCAAGUUCUGCCAGUUGGAGCAGCGUAAGAAGAACCUGCAGGAACUGCUCAAAAACUACCACAACUUCCAGAUGGAGACGGUCAUGAGCCGCCCUUUGGAUGCGCCUCUUCCUGAAGGCACCAGAAUCCUGCAGACAGAGGAGAUAGAGAGAGUGUCAGAGAUUGAGAGCACAGAGCAGAUUGGUGACUGCUCGAAGCACUUCAUGCUGCACUACGGCAGCCAGCGCGAGAUGAUGCACGAGUACAGGCGACGUAAGAUCAAGGAACAGCGACAGGCCUCGCGUAAAACAGUCACGCGUACAGUCAAGGUGAUGCGGAAGGUGAAAAGGAAGAAGCGCAAGAAGAAGCGUGCCAUCAUCGACGACGAUGAAGACGUGGAGAUGCAGGCUUCUCCAAGUCGGCGUAGCAGAUCUCGAUCGAAGUCUGGUUCCCGAUCUCGAUCCAAGUCUCGAUCCAAAUCUCGAUCUCGAUCUAAAUCUGGUUCUAGAUCUAGAUCUCGUUCAAAGUCCGGUUCAAGGUCUCGUUCGCGUUCCAAAUCGGGUUCGAGAUCGAGAUCUCGCUCCAAGUCUAAAGCAAAAUCACGCUCCAAUUCGAGGUCGAGGUCUCGAUCUAAAUCUGGCUCACGGUCCCGGUCUCGGAGUCGAUCCAACUCUCGCUCCCACUCGGGGUCUCGUCCGCAUUCUGCUGCCAGCAAUCGAUCUGGAUCUCGAGGAGGGUCGCCUGCAUCUCGGGGGAGUCAGUCCCCAAAAUCGAAAGGCCGCCAGUCCCCGGCAUCAGGCGGUGCGUCUCCAGCAUCAAAAAAGGACGAGUCUCCUGUUUCGAAAGUUUCUCGGUCACCCGUCGCAGGACGAAGGGAAAGCCAUGACAGUUCAUCUGAAAAUCUUGCGCCCACAUCAGCUGCUACUGCCGCGCCUCCUCCUGAUAACGAUGAUGACAUCGACAACAGAAGUGAAGGAUACCAGAGCGGUGGGGAGGAAGGAGGUGCUGAGCGCACUACCACGCCAGCGCCUCCUGCAGGGCAAGAGCCCCCAGCCGCUGCGUCUUUGGAGGCUGGCGUGAACGCUCUUGCUGUGACCAGCGAUGACGAGACGCGGCAGAAAGCUGACAGCGAUAGCGAGGAGGAGGUGGAGACUGAAGUAGAAACUGAGAUUGAAGAAGAAGUUGAAGACGAAGAUGAGGAGGAGAAAAAGGAUGAAGAAAGCGAAUCGCUUAAGAAGGCCAUACGUCGUCAUGAAUAUGAGCUGCUCAAGAAAGCCGGCAUUGAGCCGCUGACGAAGCAGUUCGGGCUGACUCCUGAACAGUUCGGGGAGAACUUGCGUGACGACUACCAGCGCUACGAAGUUGAUCAGUGCCACGUGGAGCCGCUCAAGGAGGCCGAGGCUUAUCUCUCCAAAAUGUGCACGUCGCCGACGCACGUGUUGGAGGGCGCAGUGCGCAUGCUGGGGUGGCAGCUGGCAUGCGAGCCGCUGGUGCGCAAGACGGUGCGCGAGGUGUACUUUGAACGCGCCAGACUCGAUGUCCGUCCUACACAAAAGGGACUCAAGCUUAUCGAUGAGCAACAUCCUCUUUAUGCGCUUAAGUACAUCAAGAAUAAACCAGUGCAUGACCUUCACAAUGAACAGUUCCUAAAGCUCAAGACCGCCGUGGACGACAAGCUCAUUGAAAUUCAAUUUUGUGAGAACAUCGAGGGCAACAAAAGCUCCUCUUAUCUUGACGAGAUGAAGCAGCUUUAUUACAAAGAUGAAUUCUCCAGAGUCGUGCAGGACUGGAAUGACUUGCGUGGCCGCGCCGUUGAGUUUGCAUACAAGAAAAUAAUCGAAGAUUUGAAGCGAGAGUUAACAGAGCGUCUAUUGAGCGAAAGCAGGAACCAUGUUCUUGAAAGAUGCUGCGCCAAACUUCAUCACUGGAUCAAAGUUGCCCCCUACGCGGCUGGCGACUUUGCUGACGAGGAUGAGGACGACUGGGACACUUCGAAGGGCUUCAGAGUUCUGGCCCUCGCUUAUGACCCUGACCCCUCACAGGCUGCGUUUGCUGCUGUGGUCGACGUAGAUGGGGACAUAAUAGAAUACAAGCGCUACCCUAAUAUGCUCAAACGCAAGGACGCUUACGAUGAACGAUUCGCCGCCAUGAAAGAAGACGACCUGCAGAAAUUCCGCGACUUGAUCAUGAGGCGUCGUCCUCACGUCAUCACAAUUGGGGGCGAGUCUAAAGAAGCGUUGAUGCUCGUUGAAGACAUUAAGGAAGUCGUUAGUAGCCUGGAAGAACAGGAACAGUUCCCCAAAAUCAAUGUAGAGUUGCUCGACAACACCUUGGCCAUCCUAUAUGCCCUCUCGAAGAAAGGGGAAGCCGACUUCCCUGACUUCCCGCCUUUGCUGCGACAGGCGGUCUCCCUGGCGCGUAGGAUGCAAGACCCUCUACUCGAAUUCUCCCAGCUUUGCAAUCCUGACGAUGAAAUUCUCAACUUACGCUACCAUCCCCUGCAAGAUUUGCUCAACCCUAUUGAGCUUCUAAAUCAUCUAAGCAUCGAAUUUGUCAAUCGUACGAACGAGGUUGGCGUUGAUUUGAAUUUAGCUGUGGCUUAUCCAUAUCGACAAAAUUUGGUCCAAUUUCUCUGUGGUUUUGGGCCUCGGAAAGCUAAUCAACUCAUUAAGCAAAUCAAGCAAAAUGAUCACCGCCUUGAGAACAGAAACCAACUUGUACUCACCUUCCAUAUGGGUCCAAAAGUUUAUGUAAAUAUUGCCGGUUUCAUCAAAAUCGACACAGCUGCGGUCGGUUCAAGUGACACUUACAUUGAAGUCCUCGACUCUACCAGGAUUCAUCCUGAAGCGUACGAUUGGGCUCGGAAAAUGGCGGUAGAUGCACUAGACUGUGACGACGAAGAUCUUAAUAAACCCGCUGAGGCCCUCGAGGAAAUUCUUGACUGCCCUGAGAAGCUGAGUGAGUUGGACUUGGAAGCGUUUGCCAAAGAGUUGGAGAACCAAGGCUUUGGAUUAAAAAAUACAACUCUUUACGACAUCAGACACGAGUUGAACCACCGUUACAAGGACUUCAGAGCUCCAUACGAGAGUCCCACAGCUGAGGAAAUCUUCAACAUGCUCACCAAAGAGUCUCCCGAAACUCUGUACGUAGGCAAGCUUGUGCAGUGCACAGUCAUACGCUUCAUCCACCGAAAACCUCGCGGUGAUCAGCUGGACAAUGCCAACCCUGUGCGUAAUGAAGACUCGGGUUUGUGGAAAUGUCCUUUCUGCAUGAAAAGCGAUUUCCCUGAACUCAGCGACGUGUGGAACCAUUUCGAUGCCGGUGACUGCCCCGGACAAGCUAUCGGAAUCAAAGUCAAGAUAGAUAACAAUAUCAUGGGAUUCAUCAAUAUAAAGAAUCUUUCAGACAAACCCGUUAACAAUCCAGCAGAACGAGUGAAAAAGUUUGGUCUUAUCCACGCUCGUAUCACAAAGAUCGAUCCUGAACGAUUCUCAGUAGACUUGACGUCCAGAACUUCUGACCUGCAGGACAAAGAUGGUACUUGGAAACCCCCCAAAGAUCAUUAUUACGACGCCGAAGCAGAGGAGAAAGACAUGAUCCAAAACCAAAAGAAAAGAGACAAGAAGAGCCGGACGUACCACAAGCGUGUUAUUGCGCACCCUUCGUUCCACAACAUCGACUACAAAGAAGUUGACAAGCUCCUCUCGGCCAUGGACCAGGGCGAAGCCAUCAUCCGCCCCUCCAGCAAAGGCAUUGACCAUCUGACGGUGUCCUGGAAAGUCACCGAGGGCGUCUUCCAACAUAUUGACGUUAUAGAGCAAGAUAAACAGAACCAUUUCUCGCUUGGUCGGCGUUUGUGGAUUGGCACUCUAGAGUUUGAAGAUCUUGAUGAAAUUCUCGCGCGGUAUGUUUCUCCUGUGGCUUCAAACGUACGCCAAAUAUUGGAAUACAAAUACUACAAAGAGUCUGUAGCAGGCAGCAAGGAAAAGGCCGCUGAAUAUCUGAAGAGAGACAAAGAAAAGAACCCGAAAGCCAUACCGUACAUUUUCUCGCCAGUGAAAACUUUGCCUGGUAAAUUCUUGCUUUCGUACCUGCCACGGACGAAAGUUAUCCAUGAACAUGUCACUGUACUUCAUGAUGGCUUCAAAUUCCGCGAAAAGCAUCUCUUCCCGUCACUUGCUUCACUGCUUAAAUGGUUCAAAAUGAACUUCCGCAACAUCACGUCGUCGGGUAUAGGAGCUGCGACCCCUGGCCGUAUGUCAAGCAGGACCCCUUAUAUGGGGGGCACGACCCCUAGCAUGGUAGGCCUCGACACCCCCAGCAUGCAUAAAUCUCACAUGCUGCACAAUAUCUCGACCGUUGCCAGCGCGACGCCUUACAGCAUCGCUACGCCUAAUAGCAACUACUCGCAGACGCCUUACUCUAAUUACGCUCAAACCCCUUACACUCCUUCUGGUCAGACGCCAUUCAUGACGCCAUAUGCCACCACCCCUGGCCCUUCGACCACCCCGCGUUACGGUGGUGUCACCCCAAAUCCGAACCUCGCAUCUCAGCUUCUGCCGCCCCCACAGCGCUCGCACAUCGCCGCACAUUAUGGCAGCGCAACGAACGGCGCUGGUGUCACGCCCAUGCCCGGGUACGGGUCAGGUGCUCCUGGGUACCACGGCAGUGGCGCCCCCAUUGCCUCGCACAUGAGCCACCGACCUCCGUCAUCGCGUGCCAGUGCCUCGAUGCACAGCCGCUCAGAGCAGCAGGACUGGAGUAAGGCAGCAGAGGCGUGGGCGAAGGCGAGCCGUAGUGAUGGUCGAACUACCCCGCGGUACUCUAGCACGGACACCCGGCGUGGCAGUGGUGGUCGGUCUGAAGGUGGUGGUAGAACGCCUCGCUACAGUGAGGGUGGUAGCCGUUACCAGCCAUACUCCCAGCCGGACUACGACGCCUCACGCUCUACUCCUCGCUCCGUACGCUCCACACCCAAGACCAUCCAUUCACCUACUAAUAUGAGCAUCGGCGGCGACCAGACGCCUCUCUACGAUGAGUGAACAUCUUUGUCUAGGCGUAAAAAACUAGCGGGUUAAUUAUCUUGGUGAUCAAACUUGCGUGUUUUGUGCCGGAACUCAUGCCCAACGACUUUUCCGUGUCUGGUUUUUUCGAGUUUGACGUUUAGAAUCCUAAAACUAUCCAUAAAAUUCAUCUAUCUUUAUAGCUGCAUUACUGUUUGUGCUAAAAUUCUGUACAUUUAUUACUGAUGAGGCCUUGGUGCAUGUUUGCCGAUAAUAGAAAAGUAACUUGUAUUUAUUGUGUAGUUUUGUGCCGUUGAUGCCCUUACUAUUUUCUUAUUUGGGGAAAAUUUUGGUGCCUGUUUUUAAUAUGCGAAUUGUGAGGUACGUAAUUCGAGUAAUUUAAGAGUCAUUUGUUCGUGUGGCGUAGCGACUCUAUGUACAUAAUCCAGGAGUGAGAUCUUAAUGUUAUAUGGUGUAAUUUUCACGCUAAUCUCGCAGAGAUGUGAACAAAGCUUAAUCAUCGACCAAGGGAUACAAGAGGCGCUUCUGAACAAACUGGCAAAAUCCAAGUUUUCAACUGAUAUCUUUUGCUCAGCUGGAUCUCGCGAAAUUAUUCUCAUGCUUUCAUCUUAAGUUGAUCAAUUUGUAUAUCAAAAACGUUUUUAUAUCAAAGCCGCGUAUAGAAACAAUGCCUGAUACCUUAUGUUAAUUGGCGCUGUAGAAUAUAGAAAAUGCAUGUUUGCUGUUCUUGAAUUGAACGCAAGUUCCCGGAUGCACAAAAUAACUAAAUCUUGGUCAUGACAAAUAAGGACAGCGGUGCAAGUUGCGUGUGUUGAUUCCCGCAAUUCUAUUUCAUUUAUUUGGUUCCCCCUUGAAAAUAUUCCACUCCUUAAGUUCACACCAUUCAUGUAUCAAUGCAAAAAAAUCCAUAGUAAUGGAGCCGUGCUUGUUAUUAUUCAACUUUAACAUUAUUGUAGUGUGUACUCUCUAGUGUAUUAUUUUAUUGAUUACUUUACUUAUUCAGUUGUGGGUUGAAGUUCCGUCUUCAGACAUUUCUCUCACGCCGACUUUGAGUCCGGUUUCCUCGCUGAGGUUCUAAUCAUGUAUGGUUCUUGUAUUAUCCACGGUGAUAAUGAAGCCUUUCUGCUCAUUAAGUGAACGAACAGACGUUCUAAAGCUCUAAAAGCUGCCCCCUACUUUCUCUUGAGUUCAUGAUCCAGUCGGAAUCUUUGUGCAAGCUCAUGUAACUAUAGUAAUUGUGAAGUUUAUUUUGAUGACGAGGGUAAUCAUGCAUCGCCUUGUAAUCAAUAUUGUCGGCGUGCGUAGAUUAUUUGAGUUAUCCAGCAAAAUAGUUGAACUCCAUUUGUUCUGUUCAGUGUUGAGGUAAUAUAUACGAAUAAGUCAAA